UUCUUAUGGCCCAAGAAAUAUUAAAUCUUUUUAUUCUUUUUCUUUUUUAAAUUAUAUUAAUUCGAAAAGAAGAGUGUUUAUCCUAAAAAUGGUGGAGUUCUUAUAGUAAAAAGAGCGAAAAUCAUGGAUAAAAAAGUUAUUUUUACUAAUAUCUCAGAAAGAAAAUGAGCUCAGAUAAUUCUGAUGAUGAGAAUAUAGAUCUCCUUAGAGAAGCUACCGAUUUUGAAUUUAUUAAUGAUUCUAUGUUUGCUAAUAAAAGUGGUGAGUCUGUAAUAAAAGUUAAUAAGCUUAGUGAGACACAGCAGUUUCCAUCGCUGCGCUUAUCAAAGGAUGAAAACGAACAAUUCAACUUAUUUCAUGUAACUCCAGAAUUUCAAAAUUAUGUAGCUAGACAGUUAACUAAAAUAUUAGAUAAAUAUCUUGAAGACAAAAUUCAAAACAUAGAAUAUAGUGAAAUACCUAAACGAAAAAAAUAUAGAAGUGGUGUUAGAUUGUUUAGUGAUUCCAGACAUUUUUUAGAGGAAGACAAAUCUACAUUUAAACAUCAUCACAAUUCAGGCAAAAAAUUCAAUAGAAAACAAGAUUCAGGUCAAUGUAUAAGUAAGAAUAUUUUAAAAGUAGUGGCUGUUGAUCCAGAAACUAUUUUAAGUAAACAAGAAACUAAAUAUUGGUCGAAUCGUAGUAAAGCCCAAAUAUUUAGAUAUAAAACCUCUAGUGACGGAAUACUAGUUGAGGUUAAAGCAGAAUUCAAGUGAAUUCAAGUGAGUUUUUUAAUU